CCAAGACCACCUCCACGACACCUUUUGAAGACUCGCUCCACCAUCAAUCGGCGACCGAAGAGAGUCCCACGUACGCAUGGAAGAGUACACCGAAGGUUCAGUGUUCCCUUCACAUAGAGUCUGUCCGAGAUAGCUACGUCACCACCGCCCGCCCGCCACUUCUCUCAGCGCCCUCCACAGCGACCAUCUCCCGCUGCUGUCGGCAUGACCACCGAUAUUCAAGGGUGGACGUCUGAGACUGUCAAAGGUGUGCUUGGAGCUGCUUUGGACUUCCAGGAGGCCGAGCAAUCGCAAUGGAAGUUGAUCUAUUUGAAGGAGCUAGCAGACGAGCUCAAAGCUGAAAACGCGAACAGCUUGCCGCCCAUCGAUGUCUCCCUUGCAGACCGGAUACUGCUGGCUAGGCUCUCACUGGAUCCGCAAGCGGAUGUCAUGAGUGAUGAUGGCGAAAAGCUUCAGGCGCUUGCCUCGCUGCCGGACGAUAUCACAUCUUGGGACUAUCUCUGCUUAGCAUAUAGGCGCUGUCGAGCCGAAGAAUCACGGAUAAAGAAGGUGCUGGGCUCCAAGGCUCCCCAUGGUCAGGCAGUGCUAGAUGAGCUUCGAAGGUUGUUGACCUCUUACAUGGGUCUCGUGCUCCAGGACGCCAGCAUCUUUCCUGGAACUAGCAAGAACGGUGGCAAAAUGACAGUCAGUGGUCUUACCCUGCUACCAAGCUUGUUGAAAGAGUCGACUGCAGCGUCAGGAGAUCCGUACACUUCGUCGAGUAGCAGCUCGAGCGCAGCAUAUCAACUCCCUAGGAAAGGAGAAUGGGCGACUAUCGAUUCUGUUGAUCUUCCUCUCUUUCUAUCAGAGCUGGCAGAGAGAUUCCAAGACGAAGGCUUGGAGGAGAUCAUCGAGCCACCCUUGCACGAAAUCAGUCGACACGUACGCAAUGGUCGGGAUGCAGGUGGUAGCGCCCAAGCUACAACACAGUCAGAUUCCGCGAAUGGACAAAAUUCCGCCGCGGAGGCCGAGGCAGCGCGAGGCAGAGCGCUUCAAGAAGCGGCAGCAGCGGGCAAUGUCCAGGCAGUCUUGGCUCAGCUUCUCGCAGGAGGAGCUCCCGCAGCUGGGGGAGGCGUACCGGGAGGCCGAGCGGCGGCGGGACCGAGUCGCAACGAGGGCAUGACCAUCGAGGGAAUGGAUUGGAGGUCGCAUCUUACAGCAGUAGUCGAGACUCUCGAGGUGAAACCCAUUGCGGCCAAAGUUCCCAGCCUUCCUGAAUUCACCCCUGCUAGCGCCACUGGACCAUCCGUAGAGAACGAUUCGCUCUUAGGCCCAUUGCUCCGACUAUCCUCAUUCAUCGACGUGGCUCCCUCUGUCGCUCAGACCUACUUCUCCGAUCUCAGUCAGGCGGCCAACGUUAACGCGGGGAUCACUACGCUUCGAGGCACACUUCAGCUCGUCCAUCAACUCCAUUUCCGCAUGUUCAAUGCGAUGGUCCGCGCAAGCCCAGAGAGUAGAGAAGGCGUCCUGGCAUUCUGGUCGAAGAUCUGCGAGCUGAAUAAGAGAAGGGGAGUCAUGCGCGUUCGCAAGUCGGAAGUAGCGACAGAUGGCUUCAUGGUCAACGUGUUCGAGACUGCCCUUCGGUUUGCUGAGCCUUUCAUGGAUCCAAAGUACACCAAAAUCGAUCGGAUCGAUCUGGAGUAUCACCGAAGGCAGAAGCGCUUCGAUGUGUCUGACCUGACGAGAUUGAGUGCUACUGAGCAGGAAGCGGCGAAGUGGGCAGAAGAGGGCGGCGAAUUCACAUCGGCGCCCAACUUCAUCACCGAAUCGUUCUAUUUGACUGUCCGGCUGGCGUCCUUGGGUGUCAAUAAAGCGCUGCGCACCUUCAAUGAUAAAGCAGACGAACGGCAAAGGCUGAAGCGCAGAGCAGCAGAAAUCGAGCAGGAUCGUGCUUCAUGGUCGACGACGCCGCAAGCGCCUCAAUUUGAGGCUUUCCUCAAGAAGGUGAAGGCGGAUUGCGACAACAUCAACGCUGGACUCGUUGCCGCCGAAGUUCAGCUGCUGGAGCCUGACUUCUCCUACCGGCUACUCACGCUCAUCAGCUUUGUCAUGACCUGGCUCGUCCGUGUUGCUGACCCGACCCAUCAACACCCUCAAAAACAAGUCUCUUUGCCCCUUCCUAAAGAGGUGCCAGACGUCUUCCGAAUGUUGCCCGAGCACAUUUUCGAAGACGUCUGUGAGACACUGAUCUUUUUGGGCCGUUACAAACCAGACUCGCUGCCCGAGGCAGUGAAGAAUGACCUCAUCACCUUUUGCACGACGUUCCUCUCCUCUGGGUGGUACAUCAAGAACCCUUUCCUGAAGGCGAAGCUUGCCGAGAUACUGUUCUUCUUCGUGUUGCCUUAUGGCAGCAACCAGACCGGCUUCUUGGGCGAGCUGCUCAAUUUCCACAAAUUAGCAAUUCAUCACCUUGUCCCAGCCAUCAUGUCAUUUUGGGUUGAAGCCGAGUCUACGGGCAGCCACACGCAGUUCUACGACAAAUUCACUAUUCGCAGUCACCUGGCACGAGUCUUCAAAGUCAUAUGGCGCAAUCCACAGCACAAAGAGCGCAUCCACGCGCAAGCUGAUACGAACAAAGACGGCUUCAUCAUCUUCGUCAACCGCCUGCUCAACGAUGUCACAUUCUUGCUAGACGAUGCCUUAGAGAGACUCUCCGCGCUGCACAAGCAGCAAGUAGAAAUGGCUGACGAAGCAACAUAUAGCCAAAAGAGCGCGGAGGACCGGCAGGAGUUCGAAGGGCACAUGCGCCAAAACGAGAGCCACGCUCGCAGUAUGCUUGGUUACGGCAACGAGUUCCUUGAGACUCUGAUCGACUUCAGCGGCGAGUCCGGACGAGUGCGCGAUGCCUUCAUGCAGCCGGAGAUUGUCUCCCGCUUAGCGCCCAUGCUGGACUACACGCUCGACAUGCUUGUUGGACCUAAAGCGCAGGACCUGAAGCUCAAAGAUCCGAAGAAAGCUGGAUUCGACAUCAAGCAUCUCAUUCGUCAACUUCUAAGCGUUUUCCUGAGCCUCUCCUCACGUCCCGAAUUUGUCCAAGCUAUCGCCCGCGACGAACGGAGUUAUAGAAGAGAAAUUUUCGAGAAAGCCGCCCGACUAAGCCAGAGAUACAUGCUCAAAUCUCCGCCAGAGAUCGAAGUUUUGUUAGGUCUGGUUGGUCAGGUAGAGAAGAUCAAGCAGAUGGAGGCGGAAGAGGAAGAAGACCUUGGCGAGAUACCUGAUGACUUCUGUGACCCUUUAAUGGCAACUUUGAUGACCGAGCCGGUCAUCUUACCUUCCUCGAAAGCUGUCAUAGACCUCUCCACGAUCAAAUCUCACCUAUUGAGCGACGCAACAGAUCCUUUCAACCGAGUGCCGCUCAAGAUUGAGGACGUUCUGCCCGCGACCGAUCUCAAAGCUCAGAUCGACGCUUGGGUAGCUGAGAGAAAACGAGCAAAGGGCAAGACAGCGACGUCCUGAUCGCGCGGACCCUUUGCUUCCUUUCUUAAUGGAUGCUUUCCUCUGUCAAGGCAUCCCUGCCGUCUACAC